AUGGCCACACAAUACCGUACUAUUGCACCGAUUACAUACCAGCGCGAUGUUUUUCCUCAACCCAUAACAGCCCUUUCAUUCGACCCUGUUUCCGACACACUCUGGACUGGAAACAACUCUGGGUAUGUAGUUGCUUAUUACACUUCGCAGGGGAUGCGGGGUGUCACAUUCCCUGUGGGCGGCGGUCUCGCGGUAAAGAAGAUAUCUGCCAUGGACUCAAAUGUGCGCGCGUUCGGGCUUGCUAGUGAGGGUAUAGGUGCAUGGAGUAAGGGUGGUAUGAACAAGUGGUUCCAUAGGCCAAGCGUACAGGUCACUGCAGCUUCUAACAAUACAAGCUCGUCGUCGAUGUUUGCAGCUUCCACGACCACCCCCGAGCUGCUCAUCAUGAACUCUCAGACUGGUGCCGUAGUCAGGCGUUCGCAGGCGCCAUCCAUAUUGACGCACUUGGUUUGGUCUGGAACAUCACUCCUAUCUGGAUCUUCGGAUGGAUUCCUGCGCAACCACGACCCUAGGGAUGCCAUGUGGAAAAACAGCAACGGGAACAGCAGUGUGAAAGCACAUGUUAGUGGUAUUCAAGGUAUCGAAGCGAGUGGGAACUAUGCUUACACCAUUGGGUUGGGCACUCGACAAGGCCGUCCAUAUCCGGAUCCUCUGGUGAAGGUAUAUGACAUGCGUACAAUGAAACCUCUGCCACCUCUACCAUUUUCUGGAGGGCCUGCCUUCAUCUCGAUGGUCCCUAAGCGGUCUUCUACUCUGGCGAUCAUUUCGAGCCAAGGAUUGAUAAACAUUGUAGACGCGUCAAAUCCCACAGUCAACGAAUUCUAUCAGCUGGAUACGACGUACAUUACAUCUGCGGCUGUGUCCCCCUCUGGAACUUACAUGGCAUUUGGAGAUUCAGAUGGGACCGUACAUCUCCUAACAGCCGGAGAUGAAGGGGCAGCACUUCCCUUCAAUGGAUUCGAAGGCAAGCCUAUCGAAUGGGCUGAUGCUCCGGAGCCAUUGCCUGAGAUUGAGUGGACCGAUUCAACGCCGCUGAAUGUCAUUGGAAUGCCUUUUUACCAUGAGCGAUUACUUUCAUCAUGGUCCCGGGACUUCUUCUCGCAUGGGUUGCACUUCCCGCCUCCUCCGAAGCUUCCUCAGCAGAUUUUGAGCACCAUGAAGACGAACGAUAAUGUUGCAUAUGCAGCCCUGCCUAAGGAACUAAGAGGCCGUCGCAAUGUAGCAGUUACCUCCCCGAAGAAAAGCGAAGGUCGUUUCAGGAGCGGAAGGACAAGGCAGGAUGUAGACCCCGAGACGCCAACGUACGAGUAUGAUCCGGAGAACAUACCUAAGCCAUAUCGCCAAGUUGAGAUCGAGUACUCCAAGUUUGGUGUCGAAGACUUCGAUUUUGGCUUCUACAAUCGAACAGAGUUCAGUGGGCUCGAGACGCAUAUAUCGAACUCAUAUACGAACCCGAUCGUCCAAUUACUCCAUUACACCCUCCCAAUUCGCCGUCUCGCAAAAUCGCAUAUCACCACGGACUGUCCGCGAGAGCAUUGCCUCUUAUGUGAAUUUGGAUUCGUCGUGCGUAUGUUGGAAGACGCGAAUGGAACCAAUUGUCAAGCGAGUAACUUCUGCAAAACAGUGGGUGUUUUGGCGCAAAUGAACAAUGCUAUUGAGCUCAUUGAUUUUGGCAGAGAAUCUGCGGAGCUCAAUUACGCACAUAUGAUCCAGGCCUUCCACCGUUUCCUCAUUGAUCAUUUCAGCUCGGAAGGCAACGUGUUCCCCUUUAAUCCGAAUUUGCUCUCCUCAGCGGAGACCUCACCUAAUUCUCCAGCACCCGCUCCGAUCACUCAGCUUCUAGGGAUUGAUGCGAAAAAUGUCAUUACCUGUUCCCAUUGCAAGGCUGUCCGGGAGAAAGAGAAUAUGACUCAUGUCAUUGAUAUUUAUUAUCCCCGGAAGGUUGUUGGUCGGGAUAGUGACACGGAUUUCGCAUCUCUCUUGCGACAUUCGCUACUUCGGCCGACGACGCAUAAGGCGACAUGCCAAACCUGCAAGCAGUUCUCCACUUUUGAAUCUCGACGGUCUAUCAGGUCACGCGAUCUUCCGCCUAUCCUUGCCAUUAAUGCUGCAGUAUUCAACGAAGAGACGCAUAAGUUCUGGCGGGAUCAUCGCCAGCAGACGUUCUUGAGAUCCACUGUGGAAAUCCAUGGGCAAGUCGAAGGGGUUGAUGACCCUGAUUCCGUCAUCUAUGAAUUACGAGCUAUGGUUGUACAGGUUGUGACAAAGGAUCAGCGUUCACAUCUUGUUUCAAUUGUGAAAGUUCCAGAGUCGGAGAAGUCUCAGGAUCCAGAGGCUGAAGGCCCGUGGUUUGUCUUCAACGACUUCGUAGUCAGCAGCAUUACCGAAGAGCAGGCACUAAGUUUUCCCGCCAGCUGGAAGGUGCCUACGAUCCUUUAUUUUGAACGAAAAGAUCUCGUCUCGAAAUUAGACUUCAGCGCGUUGCCUAACACGAACGAUCAGUCCAUCUUAUGUCACGAUACUAAUAUUUCUACGACUCGCGACAAGAAGUACAUCAAACACGAGCCUCUGCGGCCAGAUGAGUUGCCAAAGACAGGAAGUCUUAUCGCGAUAGAUGCAGAGUUUGUUUCCAUGCAACAGGAGGAGACAGAGUACCGGUCCGACGGUACUAAGAAGGUUCUUCGGCCAGCUCGUCUAAGUCUGGCUCGAGUUUCUGUCCUGCGAGGCCAAGGUCCCGAUGAAGGGGUUCCAUUUAUUGAUGACCACAUUCACACGAGCGAAGUAAUCGUGGACUAUCUGACGGAAUUCUCUGGGAUACGGUUUGGCGACCUCGAUCCGCAUAUGUCGCGUUACACACUAACGCCUCUGAAAGUGGUGUACAAGAAACUGCGUUUAUUAGUGGAUCGUGGAUGCAUUUUCGUCGGACAUGGGUUGUCCAAAGACUUUCGAAUAAUCAAUAUCUUCGUGCCCCCUGAUCAGGUCAUUGACACCGUAGAUUUGUACUUUCUGAGGAAUCGUCAACGACGGCUGUCCCUUCGGUUCCUGGCCUGGUUCGUGCUCGAGGAGAACAUCCAGACGGACACUCACGACUCCAUUGAGGACGCUUUGUCUGCUUUGAGACUCUACAAAGCAUAUCUGGAAUUCGAAGCACACGACGUCUUCGAUCAAAAGUUGGAGGAGCUGUAUAGAGAAGGCAAGAAACAUAGUUGGAGACCGCCUCCCCCUCCAACGAGCGUGCCUUUGGCAGCCGGCCCCGUUAGUAGUAGAGUAACACCACUGCCUCCGUUCACGCCGGGCAACCAAAGCUCUCUACAAGCGGCAUUACUGAAGGGCCAGUUCCCUGAAAUGCUGUCGCCCCCCAAUUAUAUGACACCACCAGGAUCUAGUCCAUUCAUGGGACAGAAUUGGAGGUCCAGGUAA